AUGGCUCCCGCUCCGACAGACUCAGCCAGAGUAGAAGAAGCAAAGAAGCUGGGAAAGACUGAUCCGUUGAAAGCUGAGGCUAUUUACAAGGAGAUUCUCUCUAAGAAACCUGGAGCAAGCGAAGCAGCUUUGCGAGAAUAUGAGUUGGCUUUGAUGGGUUUGGGAGAGUCAUAUAGAGAUACAAGGAAGACUGACGAGCUGGCUGAGCUCGUCAGAUCAAGCACAUCAUCUCUCUCGUCCUUCACGAAGGCAAAGACCGCCAAGCUAGUGCGUCAACUACUCGACCUGUUUUCAUCUAUUCCGAAUACCGUCGACAUUCAGAUCUCCGUCACCAAAUCAUGUAUCGAAUGGGCCAUCUCCGAACGCCGCAGCUUCCUGCGUCAGAAUCUUGAAACUCGCCUCGUCUCAUUAUACAUGCAAAAACAAUCAUACUACGACGCUCUCACACUAAUCAACGGCCUUCUCAAGGAAUUGAAACGGUUAGACGACAAGCUAGUCCUCGUCGAAGUCCAGCUCCUCGAAUCAAGAGUCUACCACGCCCUUGGCAACCAACCAAAAGCACGAGCUGCUCUUACAUCUGCACGAACCUCUGCAGCUUCAGUCUAUACCCCACCAUUACUGCAAGCUGGACUUGACAUGCAAUCUGGCAUGCUUCACGCCGAGGAUAAAGACUUCAACACCGCAUUCUCCUAUUUCAUCGAAGCGCUGGAGGGCUACCACUCACAAGAAGAGACACAAAAAGCAACCUCAGCGCUACAGUACAUGCUGCUGUGCAAGAUCAUGCUAAAUCUCGCGGAUGAUGUAAACAAUCUUAUGACAUCCAAGCAAGCAAUGAAGUACUCCGGCAAGAAUCUGGAAGCCAUGAAGGCAGUCGCACGUGCACACUCCAACCGAAGCCUCGAAGACUACGAGAAAGCUCUGGCAAACUAUCGUUACGAACUCGGCAGUGACGUCUUCAUCCGAAACCACCUCAAACGGCUCUACGAUUCUAUGUUGGAGCAGAACCUGAUCAAGGUCAUCGAGCCGUUCAGCAGAGUGGAAAUUGACCAUAUCGCGAAGAUGGUUGGGUUGGAUACGCAGCAAGUCGAGAGGAAGCUAUCUCAGAUGAUUCUGGACAGAGUUAUCAUUGGGGUAUUGGAUCAAGGAGCGGGAUGUUUGAUCGUGUAUGAUGAGGCGGAGCGGGACCAGGGGUACGAUGCGGCACUGGAGACGAUAGAGAAGUUGAGCAAUGUGGUGGAUACGCUGUAUACUAACCAGGCUUCCAUGCUAGAAUAA